AUGUCAAAGAAAAAUAAAAAACCUGAUGAAAAAACCGUUUCCUCCAAUUUCAAACUAAUAAGUACAUCUUCAGGAGUUCGUGUUUCACAAGCUUGUGAUAGGUGUCGAAUAAAAAAAAUCAAAUGUGAUGGUCAAUCACCUUGUCGUAACUGUCAAAAAGUUAGUGUUGAAUGUAAAACCAGUGACCGAUUAUCGAGAAAAUCGUUCCCCAAGGGGUUUACCCUGUUUUUAGAAGCAAAAGUCAAAGAGUUAGAGGAUGAAAACCGGGAAUUACGUGAAAAAUUAGGUGACAAUAACGAUGCUCCUCCUUUUGAACCAGUGGAAAAUAAACAUCUGGUUAGUACUGCUGACACCAGUAAUAUUACAACAGUAAACACCACUCCAACACCAUCUACAAUUCCCACUACGACAACUACUAGUAAUGAUAAAGUUUUAUUUCAAACAAACAAUCAAUCAGUUCCAAUUAAUAACCCGAUUGAUCAAAUUUUCAAUUUGGAUGACAAAGGUAUAAUUAUAGGUAAUGACAAUUUGAAUUUUGAGUCACAAUUCAAUCAUUUAUUAAUCAAUUUGAAUUUGCCAUUUUUGAAAAUAACAAACAGUCACAACUAUUUACUAGAUGACCCUGAUAGCUACUUGUAUCAUCCUUCCUACACAAAGAGUAACAAAUUCCACAAUCGAGACUUGGAUUUAAUUUAUAACCCAUUAACUGGUACAAACACUGAAACAGGUUUACGGAACGAACUACCUACUAACGUUUAUGAUUUAUUCAUUAAAUUAAUCAACAAUUUCAAGAAGAUAUUCAAAUCUAAACGAGAAAUGGAUAAUCAAAUUGUAUUGUUCUUUUUACACUAUAACAUUUUCAUUCCGAUUUUUGAUUAUAACGAAUUCAUGGAAUCUUAUAAUGCUUUCCAUACUAUGUAUCCGUUUAUUUUCACCUAUGAUGAUUCUUCAAUCAAUGGAUUCAAUUUAUCGAAUACAAAUGAUUAUCAAAUUGUCAAUAAUUAUUUGAUGACCAUUAUUCAAAUCUAUGCCAUGAUCCUGAUCAAUAAUCCAACCUUAAAUUUAAAUUUGCUCUUAAAUCACACAGACCCUCAUUAUUCAAUCAAUCGAGACAAAUCAAUAAUCAAGUCCCUUUAUGAUUUCCUACCAUAUUUCAAUGGAUUCCACAUUUCAAUUGGCCAAUUACAAACGUAUUUAUUAUUUUUGUACUAUUCAUUGUUGACUAAUAACAAGGAAAAAUCUUUGAUACUUUCUUCUUUGGUUAAUGCCUUUAUUGGUAUUUUAGGAAUCAAUCUAAAUUCCAAGAACUUGUUUUUCAAUGAUCUUGCUUUGAAACAACAACAACGAAGAAAUAGAGUCAAAAUAUUUUGGGUUUUCAAAAUCUUGUUGAAAUGUUUCAAUUUGAAAUUUGGUUUCAAACCAAGUUUAAAUACCACCGUGAUUAAUCCCGUGACAAUUGAUCGGUAUUUCCAAUUAACACCAGAAAAAUUGUCUUCUUUAUUAGAUGAUAAUGAUGAUUUAUUCAACACUCUAUUGAAGCCAAGUAUUGAAUUUCUCAAUUUAAUGAAUAUAAUUAUCCCGUCGUCGUUUUCACCAAAUUAUUACCAAUAUCUCAAACAAGACAGAAAGAAGAAAGAUAAAGAUAAAGACAAGGAUAAAGACAAAGACCACCAUCAUCAUCAUCAUCACCACACUACUCCUCACCGAUUAGAUUUAAUAUUAAAUGAAGAUGACGGUGAAGGUAAUGAUGGUAAUUUGAACUAUAAUUAUCACCAAUUUUUAAUUAUUGACAAAAAUUUAUCAGCUUGGCGAAAAUCAUUACAGAAUAAAAAGACUCAGUUGACACUGUUGAUGGAAUUGGGUUUACCAAACUUAAUAAACAUCGUUGAGAAUGAUCUUUACUUUGAUAUGAAUUGUGAUGCGUUGUCACGAGAAGGAUUAAUCAAUUAUUAUCUGACAGGUUUACCUGAUAUCCAUACUGCAUCACAUCUUAUUAAAUUGCAAUUGAAUUUCCAUUAUAUAUUAAUCAGAUCAACCAAUUAUUUAAAUUUUAUUGUUGAUCGAGAAUUAACAUUUGAAUACUAUAGAGAAAUUUCUUUAUUGUCGAUGGAAGUGUUACAGUUUUUCUUACUUAUUUUUGAACAUGUAAGUAAAGCUGAAGAAAAAAUUAAUGAGCCAAAAGUUCCAUCCAAUUCGAUUGUCAUGGAAAGUUUAGGUUUAGAUGUUGAUGAAGAUGGAUUUGUUAUUAAUGAUUUUUCUGUGAAACGAAGGAAACUUGAUUCCAACAACAAGGCUACUAAUCAAUUGAAGAAAUUGGUUAAAGAAAUUCCUAUAUCACCAUUUAAUACUAUGUUAAAUGGAUUAUCAUUGUGUAUAAUAAAUUUGAAGAAAUCCAUAAUUUUGCAAAUGUUGUAUUUGUUAAUUUGUCAAAUGAAGUUUAUUAAACGGCCACAAGGAUGGGAAAGAAUGGAUGAGUCGUUUGAUUUGUUGAAUAAAACUGUCGAUUUGUUUAUUAGACUUUUUAUAAAUUAUAAACCAGGAACGUCAAAGAAAGUUCACGAAGACAAGUUGUAUAAAAAGUUGGUCAAUGAUGAGUUGAAAGACGACAUUUUACGACAUCAUCAAUAUGGAUCUGAUGAUGAGGAAGAAGAAGAAGAUGAUGAUGAUGAUCAGUUUAAUGGUGCUAAGAAGCGGCUGCCAGGAUAUUACAAGUCGAUUGAUUGGGAUGAUGAAGAUUUGGAUGAAGAUCUCAAAUAUUUAAAAAUUUUGAAAUUUGUGAAAUAUAAAUCUAAUGACAGUUUACAAAAAUUCCGCAAAAAGCAGAAACCCGACAAUAAUACUAAUACUAAUGGCAAUGGCAGUGGCAACGGUAAUGGAAUUCCUCAACCAACUUCUGUUACCCAUCAUCAUCACCUCCAUCAUCAUUCUCAACCACAAACUGAAACUGACAUUGCUGUACCACAACUACCAAUCCAACAUUCUUCUUCAGUGUCUCCUCCACAGCCACCACCACCACCGCCAGCGCCAGUUAUAAUGGCGGAUGCAACAAAUUUAUCAAAUGACCCCAAAAGUAAUUUACCGUUACCGCAAUACUAUAAUCCAUAUCAGCCAAUGCCGCCCAUUUUUGGCAAUGAAGAUAAAGAUCGCGGUGCAGCACAUGAUUUGAUGAAUCUCAGACGUGGAUCUUCACAAGGUAAAUUAUAUCCACCGCCUUCAUCUCAAAGUCCCCAAUAUUAA